AUGUCGAAGAAAUCAGAGGCUCCGCUUUCCUUGUCUGACUGCCUCUGCCAAAUCUGCAUGGAGAUCUUUGUGGAGCCUGUCACGCUGCCAUGCAACCAUACCCUCUGUAAUUCUUGUUUCCAGCUGACCGUUGAAAAGGCCAGUCUGUGUUGCCCUUUUUGUCGGCGCCGAGUCUCUUCCUGGGCACGAUAUAAUGUGCGCAGAAAUACUCUUGUCAACUGGGAACUCUGGGAAAAGAUUCAGAAGAAUUUCCCGAAGGAAUGUGAGCGUAGGAUGAACGGACAGGAUUUGGAAGAGGAAAUCUGUGUUCCCCAUCCGCAACACCAGCUGAGCAAGCCUGGGGAACUGAGACAGGAAUAUGAAGCAGAGAUUAGCAAGGUGGAGGCAGAAAGGCGAGCGCAUGAACAAGAGGAGAACAAGGCAAGUGAGGAAUACAUCCAGCAGCUUCUCGCAGAAGAGGAGGAAGAGCGCAGGUUGGCAGAAGAGAGACGGCGGGAGAUGGAGAAACAGCUGAAGCAAGAUGAAGAGUUGGCCUGGCAGCUGAGUAACAGUCUGAAUGACACUUCCAGAGGCCAUGUGCUCAGCAGUCCCUCACCAGUGGGCAGUCUCUCACCUGAAACAUCCCCAGCUAAUUCGAGCAAGAUGAAGAACAAACUAAGCAACUCGGGAAACAUUCAGAAGUAUCUCUCUCCAAAGCUUCCUCAUACAUUGGGAUCAGCAUCCUUCUCUAGAACAGCAGAAAGAGGCGAGAGUGACCCUGGCUGUGUGGAAAUCAGUAGCAGUGAAGGCAGCAGUUCUGCAUGGCAAGAUGAGCAAGAGGAAAUGCCAACACUGUCUCCACAGCUGACCAGUGGGAUUAAAGAUUCCAAUGCUAAGGAUUUGUUUUCGGAAUUGUGCAUGAACUAUUUCAGUGCCUCCGCUUCAGGGGAAACUGAUGCUGGUAAGCAGGAAAAAAUACCAGGACCAAAUUGUGUAGGAGACGAAGUCCCAGACGCACUUUGUGGAAUCACAGAAGGGGAAGGGUCUAGAACAGGUCUUCCUAGAUCCAAAGGAGAAGGUGAUGGAAUUGAGUCGGACAGUGGCAGUUUAACACACAUAGAAAGCAUCAACCUUGACAUCUCUGCUGAAACUUGCAUUCAGUCAGCAACAAAUUCUGUGGUAUCCGAUGGCAAAAGUGUUAUAUGUGGUGUGCUGAAGGUGGCUAGACAUGCAGAUGAAGAGCAAGCAGAGAGACUGCAGAACAUUAAGGAGACUCCAAAAAGAAAGUCACUGGAGCCACCAGCUGAAGCAAUGGAUGAUCUGUGUGUGCUUGAUAAGAGGAGAAGAACUUGGCCAGAAAAUUUAGAGGACCAAGGGAAGCAGAUAAAUGAUUUUGACUUGCAAACGCAGAAAGCUUUUGAGCAGCAGUUGUAUGAAAGGCGUAUGCAAGAGGAGCAGGACAGGCUUCUGGCUCUGCGGCUGCAAAAACAGAUCAACAAAGAGGAAAGGUCACUUAAUCGACAAAAGGGCUCUCCAGAUGAGUACCUUCUGCGCACCAAAUCAGCUCAGUCUGUGAAAGACACUCCUGCUAGAAAGGGAAGUCCUAAGAUGGCAAAAGCCUCAAAGGUACCAAAAAACCAGGCUGAAACGAAUCACCGCAAGACUCGGAGAGGUUCUUGCAAUGAAAACUGGCAGUCCCCUACCAGAGUCCGGAUGAAAUCGCCCAGCAUCAAGGAAGGAAAAGUUUUGAAUUGUGUGGUUAAUACCAAUGACGCAAAUGAUAUUUGUUCACUCCCUAAGACUAAGCAAAAGACAAUCCUUCAGAUGUUUAAAAGCUCUGCUGCUGAGUAG